GCUCCCUCCGGCUCCGGCUCAGGCUCCAGCGCGGCGGCGGCGGCGGGCAGUUGCAGUGGUGCAGAAUGGCAGACCUCAGUCUUGCAGAUGCAUUAACAGAGCCACCUCCAGAAAUUGAGGAAGAGAUAAAACGGGACUUUAUUGCCACACUGGAGGCAGAGGCCUUUGAUGAUGUUGUGGGAGAAACUGUUGGAAAAACAGACUAUAUUCCUCUACUGGAUGUUGAUGAGAAAACCGGGAAUUUGGAGUCAAAGAAGAAACCAUGCUCAGACACUAGCCAGGCUGAAGGUACUUCAUCUUCUCAAGCAACAGUGCUUGCCAACGGUGACCACGGAAUAGAAGGGAAUGAUGCCACUGGGUCUCCAACUGAAUUCCUUGAAGAGAAAAUGGCCUACCAGGGAUAUCAGAACAGCCAGAACUGGCCAGAAAAUACAAACUUUUGCUUUGAACCCGAGCAAGUGGUGAAUCCUAUCCAGACUGAUCCCUUUAAGAUGCACCAUGAUGACAGCCUGGAAGAUUUGCUCUUUCUCCCCAGUGGAACAACCAGUGCUUCAGCAUCUGCAGAACAAAAUGAUCCCCUGAAAGACAGUUAUGGUGUGUUUCCCUGUGACACGUUUGCUCCUGCAGCUGUUGUUCCUCAGGGGUGGCCUGUGGAAGCUCCAAACCCUCCACAUUCAGAAUCCUUCAUUUCCCCUGAGGCCAUUACACAGCCUACAGCAGAGCCUGCUAAGGAGGUAGAAAUGGCAUCAGCAGAAGAGAGAGCACCAACAAAAGCAAUGGAAAUGGUGAUGGGACUGAAGGCUGCUAACAUGGCACCAUCUCGAGAAUCAGAGAUGGUCCUGGCCAAGGAUGUGGCACCAGCCACAGAAACAGAGGUGGCAUUGGAUAAAGACACGGAACCACCUACCGAACCAGAUGUGGCCCUGGCCAAGGACAUGGAAUCAUCCAUCGAACCAGAUAUGGCCUUAGUCAAGGACGUGGUACUACCGCUAGAAACAGAGGCAACCCCAGUUAAGGACAAUGUAUUGCCCACAGAAACAGAUGUGUCUUUGGCCAAGGACAUGGUACUGCCCACAGAAACAGAGGUAACCCCAGCCAAGGACAUACUACUAUUCAAAGAAACAGAGAGGACACCACCUGUAAAAAUGGAUUUGGCCCCAGCUGAGGGCAUGGUACCACCUACAGACCGAGAGGUGGCCCCACCCAAGGGUGUAGCAUCACUUUCAGAAAUAGAGGUGCCACUGGAUGAGGACGUUGUGUCAUCCACAGAAAUAUCCUCAGCCAAGGAGGUAGCCCUGUCCUCAGAAACAGAGGUGGCCCUUACUGGGGAUAUGGUACUACCCCCAGAAACAGAGGUGGCCCUAGUCAAGGACAUGGUUGCACCUCCAGAAACAGAAGUCACCCCAGCCAAGGACAUGGCUCCACCCCCAGAAGUAGAGAUGACCCUGAGCAAGGACGUGGCUCCACCUCAAGAAACAGAGGUGGCCCUGGGCAAGGACGUGGUUUCAUCUCCAGAAACAGAGAUGGUCCUGGGCAAGAAUGUGGCUCUACCCCUACAAACGGAGGUGACCCUGGCCAACAAUGUGGCUCCAGCCAAGGUUGUUGCAGCAUCCUCAGAAGCAGAGGUGGCACCAGUUCCUGUUAAGGACAUGGAAACUGCACGGACACAGGAAGAAACAAGUGAGGAUUCCCAGUUAGAAUCUCUCCAGGAUGAAGGACAGUCAGCUGUACCUCCUCUCAUGAUAUCAGCAGAAGCAGUCACAGCCAUGGGCCAAAAGCACAACUUGCCAACAGAUGAGGAUUCUGUGUCAGAGGAACUAGAGCAAAAGAAACCGUUCAGUAGUCAACCUUCUGAACUUCCUUCAGAGACCUCAGGAAUAGCCAAACUAGAAGAAGGACGGCUUACUGGGAGUGUGACCGGAAAUGACAUCACCGCCCCUCCAAACAAGGAGCUCCCACCAAGCCCAGAGAAGAAAACAAAGCCUUUGGCCACCACUCAACCUGCAAAGACUUCAACAUCGAAAGCCAAAACACAGCCCACUUCUCUCCCUAAGCAGCCAGCUCCCACCACCUUUGGUGGGUCGAAUAAAAAACCCAUGAGCCUUGCUUCAGGCUCAGCACCGGCUGCCCCACCCAAACGCCCAGCUGCUGCCACUGCCAGGCCUUCCACCUUACCUUCAAAAGACGGGAAGCCCAAGCCUGUUGCAGAGGCAAAGAUUCCUGAGAAGCGGGCCUCACCAUCCAAGCCAGCCUCGCCAUCCAAGCUGGUCUCUGCCCUGGCCGGUAGGCCUGGCUCCAAGAGCACCCAGACUGUUCCAAAAGCCACAGCAGCUGCCACUCUUGCCUCAGCUGGGCCAAGCAGUAGGAGCCCCUCUACACCCCUGCCCAAGAGGCCUGCUGCGGUCAAGACUGAGGGGAAACCUGCAGACGUCAAGAAGAUGGCUACGAAGUGUGCACCAGCUGACGUGAGUCGCCCAAAGAGCACCUCCACCAGUUCCGUGAAGAAAAGCGCCGCCGUCCCUGGGGCGGCACCCCCAGCAGGGGUGACUCCCAGCCGCGUCAAGCCCACAGCCACCCCUCCCCGGCCCUCUGGGACUCCUUCCGUGGACAAGAAGCCCACGGCAGCCAAGCCCAGCUCCUCUGCCCCAAGGCUGGGCCGCGUGGCUACCAAUGCUUCUGCCCCUGAUCUGAAGAAUGUCCGUUCCAAGGUUGGCUCCACGGAAAACAUCAAGCACCAGCCUGGAGGAGGCCGGGCCAAAGUAGAGAAAAAAACAGAGGCAGCUGCUCCAGCUCGAAAGCCUGAACCUAACGCAGUCACUAAAGCAGCCGGCCCAAUUGGCAGUGCACAGAAACCGCCUGCUGGGAAAGUCCAGAUAGUCUCCAAAAAAGUGAGCUACAGCCAUAUUCAGUCCAAGUGUGGUUCCAAGGACAAUAUUAAGCAUGUCCCUGGAGGUGGUAAUGUUCAGAUUCAGAACAAGAAGGUGGACAUCUCUAAGGUCUCCUCCAAGUGUGGGUCCAAGGCUAACAUUAAGCACAAGCCUGGUGGAGGAGAUGUCAAGAUCGAAAGUCAGAAGCUGAACUUCAAGGAGAAGGCCCAGGCGAAGGUGGGAUCCCUUGAUAACGUGGGCCACCUGCCCGCAGGAGGUGCCGUGAAGAUUGAGACCUACAGGCUGACGUUCCGGGCAAACGCCAGGGCCCGCACCGACCACGGGGCCGACAUUGUCUCCCGCCCCCCUCACUUCCCUGGCGGCCCCAGCUCAGGCACCUGGGCCCCUAGCUCCCUCUCCUGGGCUGCCCUCUAGGCCCCUCCCUCCCUCCCUCCUGCCUCACUUGCCCAGGGUAGCAGCAGCCCCGCCCCCGUGCUUCCUCCACUCCCAGCCCCAGACCCGGCUCCCUCCUUGGCUCCCCUGUCCUCACCAUUGCGCCGCUGCUCCGCGGAGAAGGUUGGGUGGAAAGUGGGGUAGGGGAGGCUAGUUCAGGACCUCCUGGGAUCUGGGUGGGGGGAACCGGAGUCCAACCUCCUCUUUGUUUGGUUUUUUUGGACCAAACCCAAGAGAAACUGACAUACCCUCCCUCCUCGCUGGUCUAUCUGGAGGGAAGAGUGGAAGUGGAUGUCCCCGUGACGGCCGGGUGCUGACUGCGUACCCUGAAGCCUGCUAAGCCACUGCCUCUUCCUUUGACCCCACAGUGGUGCCCACCUCACAGGUGGCGCCAGGCACCUCUUGCUGCCCUCCCCCAAGUUAGUCAGGGGCAAUGCUGCCUGUCCCCGCUGCUUCCCAUACCUACCUAGCUGCUGUCACACUUCUUUUUUUUUAAUAACCUGAAAACCGGUGGAGUAGUUUUGCAGGUUGAAGCCAUGUCUGAAUGAAAGUCGUUGGUAGGUGUUAAAGGAAACAGGGAGGGGAGAUCCUGAAGCCUCCAGCUGGGAGGUGAGGCAUUGGAGGCUGCCCUGCCUUGGGCAGCUUGGGGCCCUGGCCCCGGAGGUGGUGUGGGCAGGGCAGGUGCAGUGGGGGGCUGUGGGCUAGAGGGCAGGCAGGGACCGCUAGGGGCUGGUCAGAGUGUGGACUGGUGGUUCUGGCAUUUUGUGUGUAUGCUGCUUUUCUUUUCUAACCAAGAGGCUGGUUUUGGCAUCUAUGUCUGUCUCAUUCCCUGGGAUCUGGUGGGAGACAAGGUCGGGCUGGAAAGGGCCAUGGAGGUCAAAUUCCUCCUAGCCUCCAACCUAGGACACUCGAGCCCUCAGUUGCCAGGGAGCCUGAUGUGUUCAGAACUCAUGUGGAUAGUGGGGAAUCAAGUCUGGAAAUUUAAAAAUAAGUACAUGAGAUGGGCCAUCCAGGCUCCCUUACGGCCUGACUGGAGAGGGGAGAGAGGAGAGGAGAGGCCAGCCUAAGGGGUGUGUCCUGGUUAGGCCUGGUCUUGGGAUGGCUGCAAUGAUAAGUCCCGGGAAUUGUAUUGACACGAAGAUUCUUAUUGCACUUGUACUUUUUGUAUUAAAGUUUGCAUGGUUUCUAAUAAAGGAUUAAAACGUAACAGUUUGUAGUGAAAUGGCCUGGGAGUCUCCAAGGCUUCUCCUCUGGAAGAGCAUUUUCUGCAGUGCAGACUUGGCCCCUCACACUCCCCACCUCCUCCUCUGGCAUCCCUUGGCGCUGAGAAGGUGGGAGCUGUUGACCUAGGAUCAGAUUUGAAGUCCAUGUAGAGGGAGGGUGUCUGGGCUGAGCAGGUGCUCUCCCUUUCUGAGGUAGCAUUUUCUCCAGGGAGGUUCGACACCAUCUCCCCAGCUCCCCAAGCACAUACCAAGAAAUUGCAGGGGUCUUGUGGAAAAAGCACUCCCAGGGCCAGAGACUGUCCACACAGUGCUUCAACGGCGCCAGGGACAUCAGGGCAUCCGUGUUUUGUCUGCAAGAAAGGGUGAGAUGAAACUGGGAGAACGCAGUGGGAGGUGGGGUGCCAGAUGCAGCGGGGUGACAGUGCUGGGCCUAAAGGUACCUGCACCUGUGUUGAUGCUGGGGUGGACAACAAGCUCUCGGUCCUUUUACUCUGUUGGCCAAAGGUAGGGGUGGGAGAGGUGACCCCGGUGGAGAGCACUCUAGGGGGCGCUGGAGUGGUCAGUGUUCUGAAAGGUGGUUUGGUCACAGCUCCCUUGAAGGGUCCCACAAGCCAGAGAAGCUGAGAAGGCCGCCCUGACAGGUGGGGCCAGAGGCCCUGUGUGCUGUGUUCUAUCCUGCAGCUGUUGGGGCUGGAACGUUUCUGUACCUCCCCGUUUGCUUAUGGCUCAGCCGUUAACCAUGUUGAUCUGUGAUUGUUGUUAUGAUUUCCAGAAAAAAUAAAGCUCGUAUGUCCCA